UCAAUUGCAUAUCUAUUUUGUUGCAGUUUCAGGUACAUUUACUAUUUUCUACGAAAAAUAAUUUUGAUCUUAUAUAUAACGUCACGUCCUGGAGUGAAAAUAGCCAAUUUAUCGUACUCCAAUUUGUAACACUAUGUUCAAAUUAUCGAUCAAUUUUUUAUAGGAUCUUUGAAGCACUAAUUAUAAUCAACGGAUCGAAUCAAGAGGAACAUUGCAUAACUUUCUGCUUAUUGGAGUUGAUUUAGCAGAAAGACGAAUAUUCCAGUCUCGUUUAUCAGACAAUCACUUAUUCACAAACUACGUGUGUGUGUGGGAAUAUAAGUUUCAUGAUAUGAUAUUUUCUAUAUCCAACAAACAGGAUUAGUAUAUUUCGUUGUUGUUUUUGAAGAUGGAUAUUACAGCAGGAAAGUUAUCAAAUGAACAUAAAGAACAAUUUCGAUCAGCUUCAGAAAGUGCAGAUCCAUUAACAGUAUCUGCAUUACAGAUAUCACCAAAAUCACCGCGAUCUCCAAAAUCACCGAAAUCUCCUAAGUCUCCAAGGUCUCCCGGUGAUCGUCACAGCAAACAUGGCUCAGAUAGGGGAAGUCCACUUAAACAUAAGAAAAACUCACAUUCUCCGCGAGAUGGUCGUCCAAAGAAAGGUGGUUGUGGAGGAAAAGGCACUUGGGGCGGAUUAAUGGAUACCGAUGAUGUCCAUGCUAUUGACCCCAAUGAUCCAAACUACACUAGUAGUGAGGAUACGGAGAGAACAAGUACGAAAGACAUGGUUGCAGCAUUUGAGGAAUACAAAAAGAAGGCUAUAAUAUUAGUCGAAGAGUAUUUUCAGAAUGAUGAUAUAACAUCCACAGCAAAUGAAUUAAGAGAACUUGGGAUGUCUUGUUAUGAUUUCUACUUCAUUAAAAAGUUAGUAUCGAUGGCUAUGGACAGACAUGACAAAGAAAAAGAAAUGGCGGCUGUUUUGUUAUCUGCUCUUUAUGCUGAAGUUAUUAAACCACAGCAAGUCUACAAAGGUUUCAGCAAACUCUUGGAAUCUGCUGAUGAUUUCAUUGUAGACAUACCAGAUGCAAUCGACAUUCUCGCGUUGUUCAUUGCAAGAGCAGUAGUUGAUGAUAUACUUCCUCCUGCAUUUUUAGCAAAAGCAAAUUCUACUCUACCUAAAGAUUCGAAGGGAAUUGAGGUUAUAAAAAGAGCUGAAAAGAGUUACCUUUCAGCUCCUUUACAUGCUGAAAUCAUCGAGCGUAGAUGGGGUGGAAGUAAGAAUAAGACAGUUGAAGAUGUGAAGGACAAGAUCAACAACUUGCUUAUUGAGUAUGUUGUAAGCGGAGAGAAGAAUGAGGCGUGUAGGUGCAUUAACGAUUUGAAUAUGCGUUUUUUCCAUCAUGAAAUUGUUAAGAGGGCUAUUAUCAUGGCAAUGGAAAAGCAACAAGCCGAAAGUCGACUUUUGGACUUACUAAAGAAGACUACAGAAGAAGGCUUGAUAAAUUCAAGUCAAUUAUCAAAAGGUUUCAAUAGGAUUAUUGACAAUAUCGACGACUUGUCACUUGAUAUACCAAAUGCAAGGAUGAUUUUUCAGUCAAUAAUUUCUAAGGGAGCAUCAGAGGGUUGGUUAUGUAUUUCAUCUUUGAAGUCGUUUUCGACACAACUAGAAAAACAAGAAAUUGAUGAAAAACUAGUGAAGGAGUUCAAACUGAAAGCUCAAUCCAUGAUCCAGGAGUACUUUUUGUCAGGUGAUAUUGAAGAAGUAAGUAGGAUUCUAGAGUCGGAGAACAGUUCGUGUUUGGCAGAACUAAACGCCAUAUUCGUUAAGAAGUUAAUCACUUUAGCAAUGGACAGGAAAAACAGAGAAAAAGAAAUGGCUUCUGUUCUGUUAUCAUCUGUUUGUUUUCCGGCAGAUGAUGUGGUAAAUGGCUUUGUAAAGCUAAUAGAAGCAGCAGAUGAUACAGCUUUAGACAUUCCAAUUGUCGUUGAGGACUUAGCGAUGUUUUUGGCUAGAGCAGAAGUAGAUGAAGUUUUAACUCCACAACACAUGGAAGAGAUUGGUAGUCAAUUUUUCGAACCGAAUUCAAUAGGUAACAAAGUUGUACUAAUGGCAAAAUCUUUGCUAAAAGGUAGAUUAUCUGGUGAAAGAAUACUAAGGUGUUGGGGUGGUGGUGGAAGUAGUACAAACGGAUGGGCGAUUGAAGAUGUUAAGGAUAAAAUACGAAAAUUAUUAGAGGAAUUUGAAUCCGGAGGAGAUGCAAAAGAAGCAUAUAGAUGCAUAAAGGAGUUAGGUAUGCCAUUUUUUCAUCAUGAAGUUGUGAAGAAAUCAUUGGUGAUUAUAAUUGAGAAGAAAAGUGAGAGGUUGUGGGGUUUUCUCAAAGAAUGUUUUAGUAUGGGACUUAUAACUAUGUAUCAAAUGACAAAAGGUUUUGCUAGAGUUGCAGAAUCACUUGAUGAUUUGGCUUUAGAUGUACCAGAUGCAGAAAAACAAUUUAAAGUUUAUGUUGAAAGAGCUGAGGCUGAAGGAUGGUUAGAUUCCACUUUUAGUUUCAACAGACUUGGACAUAAUUCCAUGGAAAAUGGAUUUUGUUGAAUCAUUUCUAAGGACCAUAUAUUGUGUAGCAAAAUGGAUUUCUUUACAUGGACAAUAGAGGGAUUAUAGAGGAGGAGGCCACCAUGAGUAUGUUCUAAAUUAAUUAAAAUUGAGGAAUUGCAGAGAUGAAAGUCCACAAAAAGUGCUCAGCAGAAGAGAUGUUGCAUCAUCUUUAUAUAAUUAUAUAUUAUAUAUACAUGUCCGUGUCCAUUUUUGUUCUACUCAGACUCCACUUAUGAGACUACACUGAAUAUGUUGUUGUUGUCAUCGAUUUUUGUGUUGAGACUAAUAAAUUGUUUCGUAGUGAGAUUGAAUUGUUACAUGUACUAUUGAAUCAUAGUAUAACAUUUUACCCUUUUUGUUA